UGUCAAUGCAAUAGCCACAAAAUCCAAUAUUCACUUUAUACCUACUUCAACAAGCAAAGCUAGCUAUAGCAUCAUUCAAGAAGAUGGAGAAGACCAAGGUUGUUGCAAAUUCUGAGGAUGUUAAGGAUGAGAUGAAAUGGGUUCGUGAUUCUUCAUUGGAUCACAAAGGAAGAGUUCCUCUUCGAGAUUCCACUGGUUCAUGGAAAGCUUCUCUCUUCAUUAUUGCAAUUGAGUUUAGUGAGAGAUUGAGCUACUUCGGAAUAGCAACUAGCUUGGUUCUUUACCUUACCAAAGUUAUUCAUCAAGAUCUUAAGACAGCAGUUAAGAAUGUGAACUAUUGGGCUGGUGUCACCACUUUGAUGCCAUUGUUUGGAGGAUUCCUAGCUGAUGCAUACUUAGGCCGUUACACCACUGUGAUAGCAUCAUGCAUUGUUUAUCUCAUGGGUUUGGUUCUGCUUUGUCUGUCAUGGUUUUUACCAGGUUUGAAACCAUGUGAUCAUGCUAAUACAUGCACUGAACCUAGGAGGAUUCAUGAAGUGGUUUUCUUCCUAGGAAUCUAUUUAAUAUCCAUAGGAACUGGGGGGCACAAGCCUUCUUUGGAGAGCUUUGGUGCUGAUCAAUUUGAUGAUAACCAUGCUAAAGAAAGAAGGCAAAAAAUGUCCUUUUUCAAUUGGUGGAACACUGGUUUGUGCAGUGGAAUAAUUCUAGGAGUUACUGUGAUUGUUUAUGUACAAGACCAUGUAAAUUGGGGAGUUGCUGAUAUGAUCCUCACAGGGGUCAUGACUAUCUCAUUGCUCAUAUUCUUGAUAGGAAGGUCUUCUUAUCGUUAUAGGGCACCAAUUGGAAGUCCCCUCACUCCUAUGUUACAAGUUCUUGUUGCUGCCAUUUCCAAAAGAAAGCUUCCAUAUCCUUCCAAUCCAACUCAGCUCUAUGAAGUUUCCAAGUCUGAGGGCGAUAGUGAAAGGUUUCUGGCUCAUACCAAGAAACUCAAAUUUCUAGACAAGGCAGCAAUUCUUGAAAAUGAAGGGAACAUAGGGGAGAAACAGAAUCCAUGGAGGCUUGCAACCGUAACUAAGGUUGAAGAACUGAAGCUUAUCAUCAACAUGAUCCCCAUUUGGGUAUUCACUUUACCUUUCGGAAUCUGUGCUUCACAAACCUCCACCUUCUUCAUCAAACAAGGUGCCAUCAUGAACAGGAAGUUAGGCAACAACUUUGAGGUUCCUCCAGCUUCAAUUUUCACUCUUGCCGCCAUUGGGAUGAUAUUUUCAGUGACCAUUUACGACAAGCUCCUAGUGCCAAUGCUAAGAAGAAUAACAGGAAAUGAAAGAGGAAUCAACAUUCUUCAAAGGAUUGGCAUUGGAAUGUUUUUCUCAAUUGUGACAAUGGUAGUGGCAGCUUUGGUUGAGAGAAAGAGGCUUGGGGCUGUUGAGAUGAAUGGCCCAUUAAAGGGUUCUUUGUCAAUGAGUGCCCUUUGGUUGGCCCCACAAUUUAUGAUCAUUGGAUUUGGUGAUGGGUUUGCUCUUGUGGGCUUGCAAGAGUAUUUCUAUGACCAAGUGCCUGACUCAAUGAGAAGCUUGGGAAUAGCACUUUACCUUAGUGUCAUUGGGGCUGCUAGUUUUCUUAGUAGUUUGUUGAUAACAAUUGUUGAUCAUGUGACAGGUAAGAGUGGGAAGAGUUGGAUUGGUAAGGAUUUGAAUAGUAGCAGGUUGGACAAGUUUUAUUGGCUACUUGCAGCUAUGACCACUUUGAACUUGUUUGUGUUUGUGUUCUUUGCUCGCAAGUAUAACUACAAGAAUGUGCAAAAGGUGGUUGUGGCUGAUUGUUAUGAAGGCAAGAGUGAUGAUUGUGGAGCAGAGAGUAAGGUUUGAAUUAGUGAAAUAUAGUUCUAAGCAUCAAACAUAUUCAGGAUUUCAUCUUCUGAUGAUGAAAACAUAUACGUUUGUCACUAUUCUACAUAUUACCCUAGAGUCCUUAAAUCUCAUCCUUAGAGCAUUUGGUUGAUAACCUUAGUUUAACUUCUUUUUUUUUCUUUCUUUUUUAAGUUGUUUGUGGUCUCCAUGUAAUAUGAAAAUAAAAUUAUCUAUGAUUUGAGAUUUCAAAAGGUUUCAUCACUUUUUUCUCCUA